AUGUCCCCCCGCUCCACCGCGUCCGUGUGCGCGCUGCUGGCCCUGCUGGCUCUUCUGCUGCCGCUCCAAGUGAUCUCGCAGGAUUUAGACCUGUCUGACGCUCUUGGUCCUGAUGAUGAUGAUGUAGUGACUCCUCCACCCAAGCCUGCAGUACCAGCCGCUCCAGCAGGGGGGGCUGGAGGUACAGACCUUUCCCUGUCCGACUUCUUCGAGGCCACAACCACCAAAGCCCCGCCCGUCACCACCAAGGCCCCGGUGAAGCCCAAAACAGUCCCAGCUCCUGAUGACUUUGACCUGGCUGAUGCACUGGACCCUAACAACGACAUUACUGCAAAGGAUAAAAAACGGGUCCCGGGAGGUGGAUUCUCUGAUGACGACCUGUUGGAUGUGGGGAAAGACAACACGUACAAACCAGACAAGGGCAAAGGCAACAAGCCCAGUGACCACAUCGACCAGUACGACGACAACACAGAAACCACGGCUGAGGUGGGAACCAUCGCCGGUAUCGCAAGCGCCGUCGUCAUGGCGCUGGUGGGGGCCGUCACCAGCUACAUCUCCUACCAGAAGAAGAAAUUCUGCUUCAGUAUACAGCAGAGUCUGAAUUCAGAAAUGGUGAAGUCUGAGAACCCAGACGCCGUCGUGGCCACAGAGCCUCAAGUCCAGCAGAACCUCCUGGAGUCGGCCAACGCUGAGCCUCCAGCCGAAGAGAACACUGUGUAA